UCUGCGCCAAUUAGUAUGUCAGCCUCCUCGCAUAACACCUGGAGCGUCCACCCCCAGCCCUUUAAGCUCCUAGGGAUUUUAGAUGUUGAGAAUACCCCAUGUGCACGAGAAUCUGUACUGUAUGGUUCAUUGGGGUUUUUUGUGGCUGGACUUGGACAUUUCUUGGCAACCAGUAGAAUUAGAAGAUCAUGUGAUGUUGGAGUAGGAGGAUUUAUCCUGGUGACUUUAGGAUGCUGGUUCCAUUGUAGGUAUAAUUUUGCUAAGCAAAAAAUCCAGGAAAGAAUUGCCAGAGAAGGAAUUAAAAAUAAGAUUUUAUAUGAAAGCACCCACCUUGAUCCUGAAAGAAAAAUCAAGAACAGCAGCAACUGAAUCUCAAACUUUACCUUGGGAAUCAACCACAAAUGUGUACACUAUACAAUAAAAAAGCUCUCAAAGUGUUUGUGAAC